CACGGCUUUGAUCCAUGUGGAGAACUUCUCACGGACUGAAGGCUUCUUGUAUAAAUACGAACUAGAACACUCCUUAGCCUGCGGUUUUUUUCAGGAAUCGCACUUUAAAAAACAUGGUUUUCCCACUAGCUGUAUUCGUGAUUGUUGGUCUAAUCCAGGGCAUUGUAUGCCCGGGCCCCCCAGGUCACGAGGUCUCAUGCUAUCACUGUGAACACAAGGAUCACUUUCCAGACUGUCUUAAUAAACCUCAUGUUUGCCAUCCUGACGAGGUGUGCGAGGUAUUGUAUGGGCGCCAUGAAACCGUCGUCAGAUGCGCGAAGGAACACGAAUGUCAACACGACAUUGAUAAGGCGAGGGUUCACUGUGGGAUUGGGGGAUCACGAACCGAUCACGGAUGUGAGAUUUGUUGUCAUGACGACGCAUGCGUGUCGGAUCAAGUGGCGGCGCUACAGGGAGUUCCGCUUGCGUCAACGCCAGCGACUGCCCUGAUGAGUUGCCCCGGUCACUGUCGCCCUGACAACAUCGACACAUGUUUAGUUAACGCUCAUAUGUGCAGUUCCGGCGAGUUUUGUCAACUUGAAGCCGAACAUGGGGAGCUGAGAGGUCAUUGCACAAGAGACAUAGAUCUGCGGAGAUGCUUGGCCACUUCCUAUGAUGAAAACACUGCGGUAUGCAGCGAGGGUGACCUUUCCUUGGUUCAAGGACAUCACAAGUGUACAUACUGUUGUUUGGACAGCAACUGUGGCGUGGCUCCUUUCUUUAACACUUCCACUGAUAACAUGGGGACAACGCUGGCAGCAGGAAGCACUGGACAGUCAGGGUCUCCCAUGCCAGGGUCAUCUCCAGCACCAAACCCUCUUCUCUACGGACAAUGUGUUGAUCAAAUCAUGGACAACGGUUGCGCCACGGCGCCGAAUGUUUGCAAGAAUGACCUGGGUGUCCAAGUGUGCCCCCAGACAUGUGGUCUGUGUGAUCUCUUGGAGUCACAAUUUCAUGGCAAAGCUUUAUGUGAAGACCAUCUCAUCAACAACGAAUGUGAAAUAUUCAAAGUAACGAAAGACAUUUGCAAUAACCAACUGGCCAAGUUCACCUGUCCGAACACGUGUAAUAUAUGCGAGACAGUUCUUCGGGAUCUCAUGAACCAAGUCAUCAAUGGGGAUGUCCAGACUGCAAAUCCAUCGGCAACACAGAUGACAGAGGCGGCGGUCACUCAACCCGUCACUGUCGCCAUGACGACGGCAGCCAUGGCACAAGGAACAACCGAGUCGUGUGUUGACACGCUGCAAGGAAUGAGCUGUGACACAUUGAACGGCAUCUGCUCCAACCCUCUGGCUCACACAGUGUGCAGGAGCUUCUGUGGACUGUGUGGAGACGGAGCUUCCUCAGCGGCCUCUACCAACAAUAUACAGACAGCUACACCAGUUGUGCAGGGAUGAGACAAUGUACAUCAAACACUGUAUCACACGUGCCAUCGUGUCGAAAGAAAAUAAACGUUUCUUUUGUUGA